UGUGUUAUGUUUUUACUCAGGAAACUACGGUUAUAUUACUCGUAUAUUGCGUUUUCCAGAUCAUGAACAUUACAUAAUUAAUCCACAUUAGUCAAUCUUAAGCUAACAUGAGGAGAUCGUCUUCUCUUGGUCGAUCGUCCACCUCCCACUACAGCAGUGCUAGCAAGCGAACAUCUUCAGCGUCCAGACCGUCCGUGGGAGGAAGACCCUCGGUAGGUGGCGCUGCUCCACUCAGGGUGAGAAAUGAAGAGGGCUCAAAGAUCCCAACCUCCUCAAAGAAAACAAAGCACACAAACUAUGGAUUUAGUGGGAGACCAUCAAUGGAUUACAGAAAUUCUAUAGGAGGCCAUGGUGACAGACUCGCUAAAACACCAAACAAAGGGUUGAGGAGGAGUAGUCACAUGGGAGUUCCAAUGGUGAAUGGAAUACCCAAAGAUCCCAGGAAAAUUUCUGACAGAAACUUUCAGGCCAAGUGUGUCACAAAGCUGGUGGAGUUUUUUCAAAUAUUUGAGUUUUUAUAUAGCAUGUUAACACCAAGGUACAGGAUUGGAAAGAAACCAGAGGAAGAAAUUCCCAAAAUCUUCAAGGAGCUGGGCUACCCAUUUAUGAUUUCCAAAACUUCCAUGUUUGCUCUGGGUUCCCCACACACUUGGCCCACAAUCCUGGCAGCUCUUGUUUGGAUGGUAGAUCUAAUCCAGUUUGGUAUGCAGGUUGGAAUGUCCAUUGACAGUUUUCUGUUCCCACCAAAUGAAGAUGAAUUUGAUUCCUUGCCAGAGGCCCAGAUUUUGUAUGAUUAUGUUGAGAAAACAUAUGCAGCGUAUAUGGAGGGAUAUGAUAGCUUCGAGGAUUAUGAUGAACAUCUUUCUCAACAUCUAAGUCAGAAACUUUAUGGAAUAAGUGGUGGUUUAGAAAACUUGGAUGGUGAAAACAAGAGACUUGAAAAAGAAUUAGAAAGUAUGGAAGACGAAAUCCAAGGAUCUCAGGAAAAACUGAAUAAAAUGAAAGAAGAGGAAGUCAGUUUAAAAGAAAAUGAUGGGAAGAUGGUCAAAUACCUGAAUGAAAUGGAUGAAUAUAUAGAGAGCCAAGAGAGAAAUAUACAAAAGGUGGAGGAGGAACUAGAACCAUUGGGUUGGUAUUAUAUUUCGCUACACUAGGCUUAAACAAC